AUGUCAUCUUCUGAAGAAUUUCAGACUAUUUUUGAUACCGCUAUUGCGUGUGUUCAGAUGGCGGAACAAACAUACAACGUUGUAUGUAACAACGCAGCUGCAAGUUCUCAACAGAGAACACGAAGAUAUAUUUACAGAAAUCGUGAAGAAGCCAACCAACGUUUGGUGCAAGACAAUUUUGCAGAGAAUGCCACUUACCAAGGGUAUUAUUUUCGUAGGCGCUUCAAAAUGCUCAAAGGUUUGUUCGAACGUAUAGUUGAAGAUGUAACGAGGGAGUGCAGUUUUUUCCAACAACGCUACGAUGCUAGAGGUACACUCGGUUUCACUCCCUUACAAAAAUGCACGGCCGCACUUCGUCAGUUAGCAUAUGGCAUUCCGCCUGAUGCGUUAGACGAAAGUUUUAGGAUGUCUGCUAGGAUAACACGAGACGGUCUCCUUUUUUUCAGCAAAACUGUGAUUCAGUUUUAUGGUCCAAAAUAUUUACGUAAGCCUACACGUAAUGACAUCCUGCAAUUGCAAGCUCAUCAUGCUAGUGUGCAUGAGUUUCCUGGAAUGCUAGGAAGCUUAGAUUGUCUCCAUUGGGCAUGGGAAAAUUGUCAUACAGCAUAUCAUGGGCAAUUUACCCGAGGUGAUCAUGGUCACCCAACGGUCAUACUUGAAGCAGUUGCAUCACAAGAUAUGUGGAUUUGGCAUGCUUUUUUUGGUUCUCCAGGUUCGAUUAACGACAUCAACGUUCUUAACCGUUCACCAAUAUUUAACAACAUAUACGAUGGAUCUGCACCAGAUUCUUCUUUUCAAGUGCAUGGAACGCCAUAUAAGUAUGGUUAUUAUCUGGUCGAUGGAAUCUAUCCUGAGUAUGCUAUGUUUGUUAAAUCGUUUUCAGCUCCACAUGGUUCUAGACGAAAGAAUUCAAGAGAGCUCAAGGAAGAGCUAGGAAGGAUGUUGAGCGUGCUUUUGGAGCUCUGA